AUGGCAAUAUCCAAGCUGUCUUUUAGGCUCUUCGAUCCUCUUUCAGGCCCGACCCUGACAGCAUCCUUGGUUGAGAGCGAGGACAACAUCCAAUGCAGCUGCGAUGAAAUCCACAGAAGACAAUUUGUAUCAUCUCCAUGGGGUGAACUAUAUACCUUGCUUAUCCUGUGUCGAUCAAGGGGGACUCGAAAACUGGCGUUUGAGAUCUACAAUACGUUUAUUUCUAAUUUACACAAUGGCCCAUUGAACCAAGUGACCCUCUUCUGGGAUAUGAAAAGAAUCUGUGAUUGUCAAGGGAGCGUUGAAGAUGCUCCAGCCGAAGACAGUGACUGGUCUAUGGAGGACGACAUGGAUAUGGAUGAUGAGUUCCCUAGAUGGAUUCCCACUGGGUCCGAGCUGUCUGUACCGUUCACAUCAUUUACCCGGGCUGAUUCCAACACAAGUCCCGGGUCGAAACCGGAGCGGCGAGAGUUUUUAAUUCCACCUCAAAUUCGAAAGGCACUGAAGGAUGAGACCAAGAAGGAAGGAGCUCUGCGAAUGCAUAUCAACGGGGGAGAUCACAAAAGCUAUCGGCGACGACCUCAGACCGUGCCGGCAAAGACGUUCAUUCCGACCAAGCGCUUUGCCCGCUGGCUAUAUUUAUAUCCUGGCAGCCGACAGCUGUCCUGGGUUUCUGAAGAUCGGAUUCAGUGA